AUGUCGGACUACUCUUCACAGACGGUUGCGCAAUUGAAAGAUAUAUUAAAAAGUAGAGGAUUAAGCGUUGAGGGGAAAAAAGCCGACUUGGUUUCCAGGUUAAUUGAUUCGGAUAAUGCUAAUACAGAACAAGCGGGCUCCCCUGCAAAGGCAGCAGAUGCGCCAAUAGAGGCAACAGUUGCAGUUGCAGUUGAAGUUGAAGAAACUAAAGGCGAUAAUAACAACGCUAGUACAGCAAAACCGGUUCCUGUUACCACUGAAUCCGCGCUAACUGUAAUCCAACCAUCUAAUGACUUGGCCAAGGAGGUAACAGAGCCACCAAAGGUGUUAACUGCUGAGGAAAGAAAGCAAUUGGCCAUUGAGUUAUUAAAUAAGAAAGUAUCAAGAGCCGAAAAGUUUGGCGAUGAAAAAGCCGCUGAACAAGCUAGGAAGGAUUUACAAAGAGUCGAAAAAUUCGGCGUUGAACUAGGUACUGCAUUGGCCAGAGAAAUUGGUUUGGUUGAUAAAUCAUUGGGCACACAUAAUAGGGGAAAGUUUAAAAGUAGAAGAUUUAAUGCAAGGAAUAACCAUGGUGGAUUUAAAAAAAAUCGCGGUAAUCGUCAUUAA